GCGAAGGAGGAAGAGAGCGGCGGGAGGAGCGAGCGCGGGGCCUCCCCGAGCCGCGGCCGUCGCAGAGCGCGCUGCGCGCGGCCCCAGCAUGGACGAAGAGGGCGGCGGAGGCGGCGUGCCUGAUGACCUCUCCAUAGAAGAAAGAGAAGAACUUCUAAAUAUUCGUCGUAGGAAAAAAGAACUGAUUGAUGAUAUUGAGAGAUUAAAAUUUGAAAUAGCUGAGGUUAUGACAGAAAUUGAUAAUCUGACUAGUGUGGAAGAAAGCAAAACUACACAGAGAAAUAAGCAAAUAGCCAUGGGAAGGAAGAAAUUCAACAUGGACCCCAAGAAGGGAAUACAGUUUCUGAUAGAAAACGACCUCUUGCAGAACACUGCAGAAGACAUUGCACAGUUCCUUUACAAAGGGGAAGGAUUAAAUAAAACGGUAAUCGGCGAUUACCUCGGUGAAAGAGAUGAAUUUAAUAUUAAAGUUCUUCAGGCUUUUGUUGAACUCCAUGAGUUUGCUGAUCUCAAUCUUGUACAAGCCUUACGGCAGUUUCUGUGGAGCUUCAGACUCCCAGGAGAGGCUCAGAAAAUUGAUCGUAUGAUGGAAGCUUUUGCUUCACGCUACUGCCUUUGUAACCCAGGAGUUUUUCAGUCUACAGAUACAUGCUAUGUGCUGUCGUUUGCGAUCAUCAUGUUAAAUACCAGUCUACACAACCACAAUGUAAGAGAUAAACCAACAGUAGAGAGGUUUAUUUCUAUGAACCGUGGAAUUAAUGAAGGUGGAGACCUUCCAGAAGAAUUACUACGGAAUUUAUAUGAAAGUAUUAAGAAUGAGCCAUUUAAAAUUCCAGAGGAUGAUGGAAACGAUCUAACACACACAUUUUUUAAUCCAGAUAGAGAAGGUUGGCUGCUGAAAUUAGGGGGAAGAGUAAAAACAUGGAAACGAAGGUGGUUCAUUUUGACUGAUAACUGCCUGUAUUACUUUGAAUACACAACUGACAAAGAACCUAGAGGGAUUAUUCCAUUAGAAAAUCUUAGCAUAAGAGAAGUUGAAGACCCUAGAAAACCAAACUGCUUUGAGCUCUAUAACCCCAGUCAUAAAGGCCAAGUGAUUAAAGCCUGUAAAACCGAAGCUGAUGGCAGAGUGGUGGAAGGCAACCAUGUAGUGUAUAGAAUAUCUGCUCCCACCCCAGAAGAAAAAGAAGAGUGGAUUAAGUCUAUCAAAGCAAGCAUCAGCAGGGAUCCCUUUUACGACAUGCUGGCGACAAGGAAACGAAGAAUUGCAAACAAGAAAUAGGACUUGAUCGGUAGCAUGUAUACCUGCAUCCACCUCUACAUGGGCUAUAAUGGACUGAUAUGUAAACCUUGGGCAAACUAAAGGAAGACAGUAACUGUACAUUUAUAUAUAUAUAUAUAUAAAAUUAUAUAUAUAUAAUGUGUGUAUGUAUAUAUACAUAUAUGCACACACACUUUACUAUGACAUAAAAUCUCAGUAAGACCCUUCGGAAUAGUUAUUGGCAUAUAAUUUGAAGUAAGCUUCAAAUCCCAGAGGAUAAUUUUCUUGGAACUUAAUUCAACUGAUGACAUGGAAGCUUUGUUUCCACUUGUGUUACUUAGAACUACAGUUGGCGUGAACUGGGAGGGAAAGAAUGGUAAAAUAUCCUAUACCUGUUUCUUGAGCUCAGUGCCCAUAAACAGGAAAAGUGUUUUAAGUACUUUUCUCUCAGUUAAAUGCAACACUAAAAACUGGAGUAGAGGGCAGCCUAGCACUUUUCUGUAGGCAGGAAACCCACAAUCUCAGUAAGUUUUCAAGUUUUAUGUGUCUUGCAGUAAAUGAAGCUUUCAUUUAGAGCAGGUGCUCCACUUUGUAGAAAUAGCUUUUCUUCUUUGGAAGUGCAGCUCAGUGUCAGUCAGGCAGCUACAUCAUUAACCAGUUGUGCCAAAGGGUUGGAGUGAAUGCACUGAAACACAGGUCCCAGCAGAAAGGCCUGUCUGCAGCCAUGAUACUGUGCAUAGAUGUGGUUUGGUAUUUGCCAGAAGGCAAAAACUCUUUCCAGUCUGCUCACACAGUAAGCAGUGAGAGUUAAUGACUGGUUUAAUCUGCUUUUUAUGUAGUAACAUCCUUCCCAUUUUAGAUAUAUUGUAGUUUAAUUAACACUGUUAGUAUUAAAGGAAUAAGGUGACAGAGCUUGCAUGAGUUGCAAGGGUUCAGGCUUUGCAUGUGAAAACAGCCUGAAAUAAUAAUUUCACAUGCACUUAAUGUUUUUAAAAAGGGAGAAAAACCAGGAAAGUGUAACCUUUCUGUAAGAUACAGCCCUAGGUAGGUGAGCAAGCAGCACUGAUUCAUUCCUUUGCUUGAUAACAUACUUUGAACAUACAGAAAAUUUAAAUAUUUUCAUUACAUUCUUUUUUCAGACUUGUACUUCAGUAGCUGAAGUUGAAAACAGGAGUAUAUGCCUUUUUUUACUUAAAGAACACAACCUUACUGUCAGUUCCCCACUGCAAUCAGCCCCUGCGCAGUUUCCUGUAACUUAUGGAAGCUGGUCAGUGGUGGUGCUGAGGCACGUUCUGUCACAACACUUUCUUGUUGGCAUAACAUUCUUGAGGCGAAGUCCCUCAUUGCACAGUGAGGACACGAAGUAUUUCUUUGGAUCCUACUACUUCUAGCAGUACUUUUAUUUUGACUUUCUUGUUGACCCUGAGCCAUGUCUGCUGUGCCAAUGGAUGCCUAGGUGAGCCAGUGUGAUGCCAAAGCAGUUUUGCUUCUUGGAUACACAACAGGGAAUUCUGCUGCACUGUCAAGAAAACACUAAGUUAUCUUUUUCAAAUCUCAUUUUACCUUUAAAGUGCUGAUUUGUGGUUGCUGUCUUACAGAUUUGCAUUGCUUUGUGCAGGGUUUCAGCCUGUGACUUUUGCUUUAUUGCAUGCUUCAGAGCAAGGCUGAAACAGACUAGGGUCACCUUUCCCCAGAGCAUGUGGAAUUCCAGGCUGCUUGGAUGAAUGCUUAGAUCUGAGCA